AUGAAACUCACUCUAUUCACCAAUGCUGCUCUAGCUAUCCCCUUCCUCACUGGAGCUCUCGCUGCUCCUGCUCAAGAUGGCCUUGAGGACAAGAGAGCAAUCGACUGCUCCUUUGAAGUCAAAUACCAAAAGGAUUGGGUCGAGAGUGGCCUAGACAGAUACCGAUUCCAGCUUAUCACAAACCCUCGCAAUGAUCAGCACCUCAAGACUUACUGUGAUCUCUACUUGGGCAUGGUUGGCUUCACCAUCAACAACCAAUGCUUCUGGGGAGAUGCAUACUAUCUCGACUCCAGCGGCGCUCGAGGUCCUGCUGGGCAAAAGGCGGUCCAGGAUGCCAACAACAAGGCUUGUGAUGACUUUGAAGUUAUCACAGGUUGCCGAACAAUCAGAAGCUUUUAA